AUGAAUACGAAUCAGGGCGGGGCAGAGAUCCGUGGAAAUCGGACUAAAUACGCUCAGUUUGCACACCUUACAUCUCAUCUUCUUGAAAUGAUCCGCAAGGGUAUUCACGGUCCCCUUUCCCAAGAAACACACACUGUCAUCGAUGAAGAUCAUAUCACUGGCAAAUAUGUCUAUAUCAAUACUCCGGUAUGGGGAAAGUCCAAGGUAUUCUAUGAGUUUAGUGGCGAGGGGCCGCAGGAAAUCAUGUUUCUUCACACUGCUGGAAGUGAUAGUCGCCAGUACCACGCUGUUAUGAAUGAUCCAACCAUGAGAAGAAAGUGCAAGAUGAUCGCGUUCGAUCUUCCGGCCCAUGGAAGGAGCUUUCCAGGGGAAAACCAUAUUCCGGGAAACUACACUAACACCGAGGACGCGUACGUGGGGGCGGUCCGCGAGAUGGUCAAGGUUUUGAAGCUGAAUAAGCCUAUUAUUUGCGGUGCUUCAAUGGCUGGCCAGGUAUGCAUUGCGGUGGCCAUCCGGGCUGAAGAGGUUGGAGCGGGUGGCACCAUUCCGCUGCAAGCGUGCGACUACUUGGCCAUGGAGCGACACUUUGAUGACAAGUCGCCCUUCAUCAACCAGUCUCUGUUCAAUCCAAAUUGGAUCUACGGAGUGAUGGCUCCAAGUGCGCCGCUUGCAAACAAGAAGCUCAUCUGGCAUCUCUAUAGUGGUCAGGCAUACGGCAUCUUCCACGGCGAUCUUGAUUUCUACCUCGGAGGGUUCGAUGCCCGUAGCAGGCUCUCCCAGAUUGAUGUCAAGAAAUGUCCUGUUUACUUUCUGACUGGGGAGUUUGACUGGGGCACGACUCCUGAUAUGAGCCACGCAACUGCUGUGAAAAUUAAAGGCGCAGAGUUCAAACGAAUGCACGGGCUGGGUCACUUUCCAGCAACGGAGAACCCCUCUAUAUUUGAGAUUGGAUUGGGUUCAUACUUAACGUCGCUAGCGGUCACGUGGCACAUAGCCCCCGCCACCUCAUAA